UACGGGAAGGUUGUAUUACUUUAUGAUGUGAUUGUAUCUUUUGAUUGAACUUUUUUUGUAUUCUAAAAGGUCAUUCGGUGUUAAAGAUGAUUGGAAGCGAUUAUACUUUGGAACUGUGCAAUGUUUUUCAUUCGGGACAAGUUGAACCGGGCAGUUUCUUCCAAAGAUUAACAGGGGAUGUAAAGACUGGAGUCAUCCUCAAAGAUGUCUCGUUCCUCACGCACAGCGGUGAAGUUACCGCCAUAUUGGGCUCUAAAGGUAGUGGAAAACGCGCUCUUCUAGACGUCAUAAGUCGCCGUGUCCCCUGCAAAGGUCAUAUCCUCCUGGAGGGAGUGCCUUUGGAAAAGGAUUACUUCAGAAAUACUUGCGCGUUAGUACGGCACUCCACAAAGCUUUUACCCGGAUUGAGUGUUCAGCAAACUCUCGCGUUAUCUCUUACAAAGAUUUCGGGAUACUUAAAAUCAUCAAAAGUUAAACAGGUUAUGGCUGAUUUAGCUUUAUCUCAAGUAGCAACCAAGUGUGUUACAAACUUAACGAAAAGCGAAUAUCGCCGACUUGUCAUUGGAGUUCAACUAAUUCGAGAUCCAAUAAUUUUGCUCCUCGACGAGCCAACUUGGGAUUUAGAUCCUUUGAAUACAUAUCUUGUAAUAUCAAUCCUGUCAAAUGCUGCUAAGAAGUACGGUACCACGAUCAUACUUACCAUGGAAAAGCCAAGAUCAGAUGUCUUCCCAUUCCUGGAUCGAGUGGUAUAUUUGUGUCUCGGCGACGUGGUGUACGCGGGUCCAACAAGGAAUCUGCUGGAUUACUUCGGCAGCAUCGGAUUCCCUUGUCCACAAUUGGAAAAUCCUUUGAUGUAUUACUUAUGUCUAUCAACAGUAGACAGACGCUCGCGCGAAAGGUUCAUAGAGUCUAACCACCAGAUCGCGGCUUUAGUAGACAAGUUCAAAGUGGAGGGACAGGCAAUCAUGCAGGGCAACCUUGGGGAGCACGGACGUAUUAUAAACCCCAACAAGAUACAGCUGAACUAUGGCAAAGCGGGUGGUUUUAGGACUAUCUGGAUGCUGUAUCUGAGGAUGUUGGCAUCCAUUUUCAACGUGAAAAAGCAAGGCAUCAAACAAAUGUCGAUGCGACUGCUCACUCUGCCGAUUUACUUUUUCAUUCUUUGGAUCUUCUACAAUGAAGCUAAGGAUUACCAACGUGCUUUUAUAACUAAAAGUGGCCUUUUAUUCAACGCAAUAAUCGGGACGUACUUUAUUAGUAUCAUGAACACAAUUUGUCUCUAUGGUCCAUACCGAACGCGCUACUAUCAAGAGUCUCAGGAAGGUCUAUACAGCGGAGCGAGCCUCCUGCUCGCUUGGAACCUCGUGUCUCUACCAUUCUCCUUCAUAACUGCUUUCGCUUCGGCUGCUAUUAUUUUUCCAAUCCUCGGCGACCUAUCCAACACCAUAGACUUUCUGUACUUCGCAUUGGUGCUGUGGUCGAGUUACAUUUACGCGGAACAACAGACGAUAGCCAUAAUGAUGUUCGUGAAGAACGGCCUCAUCGCUGCAGUCGUCAACAUUUACAUCACUUGCAUCUACGUUAUGUUGGCUAGUGGUGUUUUAAGGUCCUACAAAGGCUACGAAGAAUGGCUCUUCUAUCUCACAUACCUGACACAUACUCGUUAUGCCUCCAUAUUCCUGCACAGGAGUGUCUUCAAGCAACCUAUAUUCAAUGUCCUUCCGUACAGCGAGGAAGAGAACUGCACGUCCAUCACGAAUCUGAUACAGACUUCCUCGAAUAUCAACACUAACUCAAACGCCAAUUGCAGGUACCCCAGCGGAAAAGCAUUUCUAACCGAGAGGUUCACAGCCAAGAACUUCGCAGGCGAUAUCUACCAAACCGGCGAUUUCAACAUGGACUUCAAUUUGGGCAUAUCCUUUGCGUUUUCCUUGGGCAUUAUUGUGUUAAAUAAAUUCUUAUACCUCAUGCCUUUGCCGGGAUAUAUUAUCGAUAAGUUUAGAGAAUAAUACAUUAUGAUAAAUCUACCACUAAUAUUACAAAAGCGAAGGUGGGAUUGUUUGUCCUUACUUUACGCCAUAACUAAGUAGCCUCGCCUUGAUCUUUGGCAUAUAAUUAGUUGAAAGGUCCCUCCUCCAGAGGAGGACCUUUCAACUAAUUCUAUGCCCUAAAAUAAACCACUUUGAACCCAGAAACUUUUAAAUGGUUCCUACAGUAUUUGUAAAAAAACCUUAAUAAACGCGGGCAAGCUUGUAGAGUCAGGUUAGGUUAAGUUAAUAGUUGGGUCAGCAGAACUUCAAGGUCGAAUUUUGCUUCCAUAAAAUUUGGCCUAGCUACUACUCGUAUGUUGUUCUGCUAUUAGACUUCUUGAUCUGUCAGGAGUUCAACAUAAUAUAGUGGUUAACCUUUUCUGAUGAACAGAUUAGUUUACAGGGAUCCUGCAGGAGAUGGGGCUACGGAAGCUGGACGACGACAUGUUAUUUACUAACCUUAUUGGUGCAUAACUGGUUCAGCAGUUUCCUUUUUUUUUCUGGCUUUACACAGAUUAGCCAAUGUCAGGUUUAUAUAUGUUUAAUAAAAGUUAGGGAAGCUUAAAAUAUAAAUUAUCAGGAGAAAUUGACUGACGAAAAGGGCGGGAAACUUCGCACAGGACGGACGCGGCCCCCCAAACACUUUCCCAAAUCUACCCCGAAACUCGCCCCGAAAAGGAUUGGUGCUGUCUGUACAGCACAUACCGCAGUACCAACGCCAUUCCCACAGCAGCUAGCCGCCUAUACAUGCAAGUUCUUCAAAAUAUUAUAUCGCAAACAGUUUCCUUCUACUUGUUGUAAAGUUUAAUAAAUUUAUAAUGUACUUUUCUCACUGUCCCGGGAAGUUUCGGUAGCAACUAGUAGCGGCUAAGGUGACAACGGCUGGGAACGCAUUUUAGCGUUUCGGUAUCCCAUCGAUCAGGCGUAUUUUAUAUCUCCGUGGAUAUUAAACAAUGUCGAAUACUUUUAUAGUCAUUUUUGUUGGCAACUAAAUUACAGAAUCGGAAAAAUAACAGACCUGCAAGUUACCACAGUCCCUACUUAAGACUAAAUCGGCACUCAGAUCACAAUGAGGUGAGAUCGCUAACAAUAAUUGGUAUAUAAAAU